AAGGCAAACUUGACCACCGGGACCCCAACGGCCGGUAACGUCGCAGACUCGCAGCCAUGCCGCAGCACGUUCGCUAUAAUAGAGCCGCAGCAGCGGCGUGCGCUCCCCUGCUUCAAACGUCCCCAGCUACGGAGCUACCUCCCUCGACAGUCGCCGUCCUCGGGUCUCUGCUCUGCUCAGCUGCUGCCUGCAACGAGUGUAGGAGCCUGCCUGCUGUCUGGGCCAUGGCGUCAUCGUCGUCGUCCUCGGCGGCGGCGGCGGGCUCGGCGCUGGGCGGGUCCCACGCCGGCCUGGCCCUCGCCGCCACCGCCAUGGCGCUCUCCGGCACCCUCGUGCUCUUCAACCUCUGCCGCGCCAAGCCGCCGCACCUUGCCGACAUCGGCUCCGCCGCUCCCGCGUCUCCUGCUCCUGUCGCUCGGCUCCGGCCUUGCCUCUCCUCCUCCUCCGAGAAGCGGCGGAAGCGAGAGAAGGCGCGGCGGAGCGGGAGCAUGACGAAGCGGGUGCGCUUCGCGGACGACGUCGUCGACAAUGGCCCCGCCGCGGCCGCCCGCGCGGCGCCGGAGCCGUCCUGCAGGGGCGCCGUGUCCGCGAUGCCGGCGAACCGGGAGGCGCUGUACCGCGGCAUGCUCCGCGGCCGCUCCAUGCUCAGGACCGCCUGUUCCUCGUACUAGCGCCGCCCGCCUCCUCUGCUAUACUGCUGCAGCCACUCCUACUACCACCGCUAGCUUAAACCAAUUAACCCGCCGUAAAAUUCGCCUUAGUUAAUUAAUCUACCUGGAGCUAUCAUUGGCUUUGCAUUUCUUGUUGGCUAGUUAGGGUUGCUGAUUGGGAGGGUUUUGUAAUUAGUGAGCAUCCCGUACGCGCGAGAGCCAUCUUCGCCAGUAUCGCUGUUGUACCUCUUGUACUGUUAGCAAGUGCAUUUGCUCCUCUACCCGAUCUGACGAAUCUUCCUUUUCUUUUUCUCUGCCAGAAAGAUUUCCUUUUCCCCCUAAUUUGUGUGUGCAUGUUUUGCUGGAUUUGGGUCUCUGGAUAUAUCGUCAUAUCAGCGGUUGUGGUCGGCCGUUGCUGUCCCGAAACAAAAAAGGUUUCCCCUCCCUUCAUUUCUUGCCACAGAUACGACCUAUACAACUGGCCUCCGAUUUUCCGCCCGUCAGUUUCUUCCUCUCUUUUUUCCCCUAUCAGCCGGGACGGAUGUCACGAGAGGAGAUAUGCUGGAUUGGAUCCAACGAUUCAUGUCUGCGAAAGGUCCGUGUGUUUCCGGGGCUGAGCCUGAGCGAUCGUUGGUCACUUGGGCCGGCGGCGACAAGAUCAAGCAAGAUAGAUAGUGCGAUGGAUAGAAAGGAAAGGCAAGUUUGAUUGAUUGACCGGGAUCACAUGUGUUGGAUGGAUGCACGGCGGAACGAGCGGCGGAGCGGCCCGUGACCACUGGCCACGGGCGUCCAGGCAAAGCGGCCUCGCGUGUGUGUGUGUCGCCUGCCGUAUGGUCAUGUGGCAAUGGCAGUUGAGCGAGGCGAAUGGCAUUUGCUAACCGCUUUGCUGUUCACUUCAGGCUUGAGCUGAACCUCUUGGACUCUUUUCUUUUUGGCUGCAAGGCAGUGGAGAACGGUGUGGCACGCGCAUCGUCCGUAAAUAAAACUCUCCCCCCCUUCAAGAAAAGAAGAAAGAAACUCUGGUGUGCAUUUUAAAGUGGCACCUUGUGGUGUGUCGUCACCAAAGGUUAGUAUAUCCAGCCUGUUCAUGAUUAAUGGCAUAUCCACUUUCUGAUUUCCUUUCUAGAUUCGCCCCCCUCCAGCGUCCGCUGAUCAGCGGCUUUGGUCCCCCUCCACUGGGUCACUGCUCGUGUCAAGUUGAUCGACCGACGGAUCACACUAUUUUGUAUUCUUGGGCGGCCAGGCCAAGCCUAUCAUAUAGGAGGAGUAGUAUAUAUUUUCUUUCGAGGGAAGAGCGGCGCCUAUCAUAUUUGUUGCCAAGAAGAUUCCCUAUCCAGACUUGCUAUGAUAACAUACACUAAUGAACUCGAUCCAUCGUCUGAAAAACACUAAUUAAAUCAGCGCGAAUGAUCAGGUGUAUAUUCUGUUGCUGCCCCAUGACGAUGCCAUGUGGAUAUGGACACUGGUUUGUUGCAACGUCACAGGUACGACUUGCUAUCAUGAAGAACAUUACUCCAUUGCUCAAUUUUGGUUACACGUAAUAUUGCUCAAUUUCUUGUUUUUUAUUUUAUUUUGAGAGAGGGAGAGCUCAAUCUCAAUGGAGGAUCUUGGUACGGGAACUGCCAAUAAUGUAAAGAGCUAGAAUUUGAUCAGUCAUAGGAGCCAGUAGCCCUUGGAGGCCUGGAGAGGCUUUGGGCAAAACAUCCUGGGCCCCCACAGCUUUUGUUUCCAUCCAACCUCCACAUGAACUUAUCUUGUUCCUGCUUCUUCCUCCCCCACCCUCAAUAAAAAUAUUGUCAUUCC